AUGUAUCUACUUAGCAGUCUUUGUAUAAUAAUUUAUGGUAUUGAUGUGAUUGAUUCUGCAGAUGUGAUUACAUUUUCUGCAACAUUCUUCAAUACUUCAACUAUAACAAAUGAUAGUGUUACUCUCAACGUCGAAUUAUCCAAUUGUACUAUUCCAUGUUCCUGCCAUGUUCAGACAAAUAAAACAGGCAAUUUCGAACCUGUCAAAUUUCAUUCGACUACUUCGAAAGGUUAUGUUACAAUUAACAACUUACAAACAUAUACAAUGUAUUCUUUUGAUCUCAACUGUUCCGAAGUGAUUUAUAUAAAAACGUAUACAAUACGUACAGAUGUUUCACGACCAUCGCCCCCCAAUCAGAUUCAUAUUACACUCAUCAAACAACGGUUACGAUUGACAUGGACGCCACCAAAAUUACCAAAUGGUCCUAUUGAUACUUAUCGUAUAACAGUUGAUGGAAAUGACAAGAAACCGUAUUUACCUAACACCGAGUUGUUCUAUGAACUCAACGAAGAUUACAUCUUUGGCGUUACUCAUACGAUGAAUGUGCGUGCUUGCAAUACAGACAGUCAACAGCGUGUAUUGUGUUCGAAUGCUAGAGAUGCUGAGAGCUCGUUUGUUGAGAACAAAACUAAUAUAGAUACAACUGUAGCAACAAUCGAUUCGAAAUCCGUUCGUUCUAUACCGUUUGUUCUCAUGUAUGUCAUUCAAUCGGUAAUCUUCACUUUCUGA